AAAAGGAACAUGAUAUUUAGGAAAUAGGACACAGAAAAGAAACAGACAGACGGAGAUCGGAAGGUUCGCGCGCGUCUGAUUCGUACAGUGACACUCGUCGUCGCCGGAAAAUCAGAACCCCCAAAACAUAUAAGUAAAUGGAUUUCUGAUUCGUCCUCUGCGCAUGCAAUAGCUCAAUACAUCAUCAGCAGCUGACUCUCUCCCUUGAAAUCCGCCUUUCGACUCUCUCUCCCCCCUCUCUCUCUCUCCCCUGCUUUCUCUCUCUAAAAAGCGUGUUCUUCCAUUUUGCCAAAUCCUACGGUCGCCAUUGCUUGUGGGUUGGGCUGAAACUUUAGUGAGAGUGUCUGGCUUUCUUUCUUUUCUUUCCGCAGCUGUUGAAUCCGACGGUCGUCAAGGCUUGAUCUUUCAGCGAAUCUCUGCUUUUGGUUCUGCUUUCUUUUGGAGAUUCACAGAGGAAGGCCGGAGGUUUUAUUGUUUGCAUGCUUCGUAUAUGAAAACAAAUUAGAGAACUUGGUUGUCCAUGAAGUCGCCAAACUCAUGGAUAUGGAUGUUCAAGAAAAAGAAUUCUUUUUCUGAUGGGGGGAAAAGCGGAAUGAAGAUGAAGCAGCUGUCAUUUAUGGGAGUUACAUGUACCGUAAUGUUAUUCAUAGUGUAUAGAACCACCAACUUUCAGUAUCAAGCUUAUCAGCAGACGGAGAUUGACGCAAAGUGGAAUCCCUUUGACACAGUAAAGGAAAUUUUUGCGACUUCGAGAAAGUUGGACAGUUUACCUCGUGGGAUUAUACAGCCUAGGUCAGAUUUAGAGCAAAGGCCUCUAUGGUUGACAAGUAGUUCAAGGUUAAAGGUCGAUGAUUAUAGCAACCGUAACUUGCUGGCUAUUCCGGUUGGUAUUAAGCAAAAGGAUAGUGUUGAUGCUAUUGUGAGAAAGUUUCUUCCAGAAAAUUUUACCUUUAUCCUAUUCCAUUAUGAUGGGAAUGUUGAUGGGUGGUGGGAUCUUGAGUGGAGUAACGAGGCCAUACACAUAGUUGCCCAGAACCAAACAAAGUGGUGGUUUGCGAAACGCUUUCUGCAUCCAGAUAUUGUGUCCAUUUAUGAUUACGUAUUCCUUUGGGAUGAGGAUUUGGGGGUUGAUAAUUUUCAUCCAGGAAGAUACCUUGAAAUUGUGAAAGAAGCGGGACUGGAGAUAUCUCAGCCAGCUUUGCAUCCAAAUUCAACAGAUAUACAUCAUAGAAUUACAAUUCGUGCUAAAAAUAAGAAGUUUCAUAGAAGAGUUUAUGACACCAGAGGCAGCACAAAGUGUACAGAAGCAAGUCAGGGACCACCAUGUACCGGGUUUGUGGAAGGCAUGGCUCCCGUUUUUUCAAGAGCUGCCUGGCAUUGUACUUGGCAUCUUAUACAGAAUGAUCUUGUACAUGGAUGGGGUCUGGAUAUGAGACUUGGGUAUUGUGCACAGGGAGACCGUACCAAGAAAGUGGGAGUUGUUGAUAGUGAAUAUAUUGUUCACAAGGGAAUACAAACUUUGGGAUAUGGUGGUUCGUCGACAAACAAGGUUCCUGAGAAGAAGAGUAAGAAACGAGCUGCUUCAGGGCAUGACGUGCGAAUUGAGAUUAGGAGGCAGUCAACGCGGGAGUUUAUAACCUUCAAACAGCGGUGGAACAACGCAGUAGAAGAAGACCCGAGCUGGGCUGAUCCAUUUAAAAGUAGCCUAAAACGCAGGAAACAGCGUAAAUUCGACAACUUGAGAUCUUAACUUACAAGUCCUAGCCGAGCUAGUUGAAAUUAUUAGUGCCUCUUCAUUCAGAGGCGCUCAAUCUCGUCUAUACCCAUAGUUUGUGUAGCGUUUCAUUGAACCCAUAGUUAAUUCAUUAUUUGAAUUAUUCACAAGUUUUGAUCCUUGCAAUUCAGAUUUUGCCUCCGCCCUGUCGUGGUUCUCGUAAAUUCGAUAUUUGUUCAGGCCGCGGUCCUUGUAAGUUUGAUAUGUCUCGGUGUAGUUGGUUAUGUAUAUGGAUGGUCUACACUGGUCUCAUAUGCAUUUUUUACACCAGAUGGUUCUUUGAAGAUGGCAGUGACAAUAUAAUCAGUAAAUUUUGUCCCUUAUUUUCUCGGAA